CACAUCGCGGUAAAUUAAUCCAGGACUUCUGAGAGAGAGAGAGAAAAAAUAGGCCUCGUCCUGUUACUCUGGCAACCGGGCUUCGAAAAGCAUAGUGGGUGUUAAACUUUGACCCGGCCUGUCCAGCGACAUCUGACUGGCAUCAGCAUCAACCAUACAGAUUCCUACUGAUGAUCCAUCUCUAAAAUUAUAGGGGACGGGGUUUAAAGCGAUAGAUUCCGGUUAAAUGUGGGGAUGGUGGAUUGAUUCUGCAUUCAGUUGAUAUCUGUGGACACCGUCUUUACCCACCUCCAUUUUACUGUUGCAAGCAGUAUCAUUAUGUCAGAUAAAAUCAGCAAACGUGAGUGUAGUAGGAAGGAGCUGCAGAUGCUGGUUUACACCGAAAACAUGCUGGACUAACUCAGCGGGACAGGCAGCAGCAUCUCGUUGUGAGCAAAGAUAGGUUGUGCUAUCUGACCCACGGAAAUCUGCUGUUUGAUAUAUAUAUAUAUAUAUAUAUAUAUUCUAUAUGAUGGAACAAAAAACAUAGAUGGGAAUGUUGGUGAUGGCUGAAAAUGAUGAUGAAUGGAUUUCUCUUCAACCACGUGAACCUCUGCCCAGCCAGUGUUGUGGUAGUGGUUGUCAGCCCUGUGUAUUUGAUAUCUAUGAGAGGGAACUCGGGCAAUGGAAGCGGGCAAAAGCAAAUGGGGAUAAAACUCUUUUGAGCAAGAAUAAUGAGUCAAACCAGAAUGACUCGCAGUUAAUUGUACCUGAGAAAUGGAGUGCUUUUGAGAUAGUGUGUGUUGAACAGCAGGCAGCUGACGCUUAUCUCUACAGAUUCCAGCUGCCUAGUGGUUGCCGUCUCGGAUUGACUGUAGGACAGCACAUUGUGGCAAGGGGCAUUGUAAGUGAUCUGGAGGUUCAGAGAGCAUAUACUCCAGUGAGUCCUGUGGAUGCAGAAGGUUACUUUGAAGUGCUGAUAAAGAUCUAUGAAGAUGGAUUCAUGUCUCGGUUUGUGAAAACCUGGAAGGAGGGAAAUACUGUUUGUUGGAGGGGCCCUUUUGGCAACUGUCCAUACAAACCAAAUCAAUAUGAACAGCUGCUGUUAUUUGCCUCGGGAACUGGUAUAGCUCCAAUGGUGUCUCUGAUCCAAUAUAUUGUGGCAAAUGAGGAGGAUGAAACUUUUAUUACCCUGGUUGGCUGCUUCAGGACAUUUCAAGAUAUCUACAUGAAACCUCGACUCCAGGAACUAGCUGCUUACUGGAAUGUAAAAACGUUGUUUGUUCUGAGCCAGGAGCAAGACCUGACACAUCUUUUGUGGAGUUACCGAGAAAAAACUUACCUUGGACGUAUCAAUUGCGAUAUGGUGAAGAACUUUGUAAACUCAUGCAGAAGGAAACCAUUCAUUAUGGUUUGUGGAUCCAUAACAUUCAGUAAAGAUGUCCUUAACUAUCUCAACCAGUUAGGCCUUCCAGAAGACGAUUACUUUGUGUUUUAGUAGACCAUAGGAAUCUUGUUACUGUAGAAUCACUGCUGCAACAACAAGAAAAGCUUCUGAUAUUUUUGGAAGACUGAAACAUUUGUAAGUGUUAGAAUCUAGAACUAAUGGGUUCAAAUUACUGAAUAACAAGAAUGUAGGACUUCAAUGUUUCUAGAUGACAUUAUCCACAAGAAUCAUGAACAACGGGAUUGUGAAGGUUAUGCUAUAGUCUAUAAUUCAUUCCAACAGAACUGCUAUACUGCCGCAUGCAGCUGUGCCUCAUGAUAGUGGGAGGGAGGCUGUUGGAGAGGAUUUUUCAGGAUAGGAUUUACUCCAAUUUGGAAUGGAAUGGGCUAAUUAGGAACAGUCAUCAUGACUUUGUACAUGAUAGGUCAUGUCUUACUAAUGUGAUCUAAUUUAUUGAGAAGAUGAUGAAGGUGAUCAAUGAGGGUAGGGUGGCGGAUGUCAUCUAUGUGGAUUUUAGUAAGGCAUUUGAUAAACUCUCCCAUGGUAGGUUGUUCCAAAAAAUUAAGAUGAAUGGGAUUCACGAUGACUUGGUCAUAUGGAUUCCGAACUGGUUUAUUCAUAGAAGACAGAGUUGUGGUGGAAGGGCAUUUGUUCUGGCUGGAGGUUUUUGACCAGUGCAGUUCUGUAGGGAUCUGUGCUGGGAUCUCUGUUUAUCAUGUAUAUAAAUGAUUUGGACGUAAAGGUAGAUGGGUUAGUUAGUUAGUAAGUUUGCAGAAAACACCAAGAUUGUUGGCGUUGUGGAGACCGAGGAAAACUAGCAAAGUAUAUAGCAGGAUUUUCAGAAAUUGCGAAGAAAAGGUAAAUGGAGUUUCAUCCGAGCAAGUAGUUGGAUAAGGGGAUAUUUAUGGCAAGACCCAAAAAGAUGCAGAAGAAAUUUAUCACAAUGCUGCCAGAAUUAGAGGGUAUUACAUACAAGAAGAGGUUGGAUUAUUUUUGCUAGAACACUGGAAGUUGAGAGGAGACCUGAGGGUAGCAUUUAAAAUUGUGAGAGGCAUAAAUGGGAUAGACUGUCAGAACCUUUUUCCCAGGAUGGAAAAGUCAAAGACUAGAGGGCAUAACUUUAGGGUAAAAGGGGCAAAGUUUAAAGAUGAUUUGCUGGGCAAGUUUUUGUUUGAACAGAGAGGAUGGUGGAUGCUAGGAACACAAUACCAUGGGCAAUAAUGGAGGCAGGUACAUAGUGACGUUUCAGUGGGUUUUCAGAUGGGCACACAGAUAUGAAAAGAAUGGAGGGAUAUAGAUCAUAUCCAAGCAGAUGAGAUUAGUUUAUCUUUGCAAAAUGUUGGGCACAGACAUUGUGGGCAGAAGGGGUUGUUCUAAUGCUGUAUGUUUCUGUUCUAUGAGUGAACACUUGAAUUUGAAUCCACAAACUACUAUUCUUUUCUGUUGUCCUCUCAUGAAUGCAUAUUUAUGCAAGGAUGUAGUCCCACAAAUGUCAGUUAAUCACACAUCUGUAUAACCUGGCAGUUUUUAAAGUGCAUGGGUUCUACUUGGGCAUUCAGCGUUUAUCUAAUGCUGCAUGUAAUGCUUCACUGAAAUAAUUUGUAAACCUUACACAUUCCUCUCAAAUUCUCAAUCGCAAUUCUAUUGAAGAAAGUAAGAGCAGGAGUGACCAUUCUUUUCAAGAUGACCAUGGCUGAUUUGCCCAUGUCUUCUCUGCCAAUUCCCCUCAAUUCCACAAGAUUUCAAAAAAAUAUCCCCCUCUCUAAAUAUCUCCAGUGUUCCAGCCAUCAAAACAUAGAUAGAGAAUUUCAGAAAUUCACCAGCCCCUGUGAGAAGAGAUUCCUUUUCCAUUCAGUUUAAAUCACUCAGAAUUUGAGAUGUUUCCACUCAUGGCAGAAUCUCAAACAAAAGGCCAGAGAGAAGACAUUUCUAUGCACCUCAUUUUAAAUCGCCCUGAUGUUUUCUUCUCUUUCCUAUAGUUUGAGACUGCCACGAGUGGAAACAUCUACUUUGUCAUGUCUGCUGAGAAACUUGUGUUUCAAUAAGACCAGUCCAUGUUCUUCCAAAGGAAUAUGGGUCUGAUUUAACAUGAUAGGACAACAUUCUCAUCCCAGGAGUUAGCCCAGUGAAUAUCUUCUGGAUGGCCUCUAAGACUAGUAUAUAACUCCUCAAAUUAGGAAGCCAUAAUGUACAAUGUACUGCAAGUGCAACCUUAGCAAUACCUUGAACAAAUGUAAAAAUACUUAACUAUUUGUGAACUCCAACAGUCUAGUAACAAAGGUCAAUGCAUGAUUUAACUUAAUUAUUUGUUGCACCUGUGUAGAAGAUUUUUGGUGUUGCAUAUACAAGAACACCUUGAUUCUUUUGGACCCCACUCAUUGACAGUCUCUCUUCAUUUUGAUUCUUCCUACCAAAGUGAGUAACCUUACGCUUUCCUACAAUAAACUCUAUUUCCAAAGUUUUUGCUCAUUCACUCAGCCUACCUCUAUCCUGUGGCAGAGUUCAAAGAUCCUCAUUGCAGCCUGCCCCCAAACCUGUUUUUGACUUGUCAGCAGCGUCACAGUAGUCUCCACGUCUAUCUUCAAACAAAACACCCUUGCCACUUGUGGCCCCCUAAGUUGGUAUCCCUUCCCCGCCUUUGAGCAGAAUCUUCAACAGACUCUGACCCACAAUGUCCAGCAGCAGAAGGAUCCUAGACUGUGGUUCUCCCCCGUAGAACCUUAGUGUUGGCUGCAUCAAGCUUUAGUGAGUCCCUCCGCACAUACUCCUGCAAUCUGGAAUGGGGCUUCAGGAUGAAGUUGUCAUUGCUGAAGAAUAGGAUUUUAUUUGUCCAUCAUCUGUGUGACAGUCACACUUGUACAUACUACUUAUAAAUAUUACUUUUAUUCUUUUUAGUUUUCAAACUGAGUCUGGAGUUGUGUGGUGUGGGUAACUAGCUAGACAAAGGAUUUAUGUGAAUUAAUUGAAGAAAAAUAAAUUGACUCAUCAUUAGUUUAUUGUAGAUUAACAGCAAAGCUGAACAAAUAGGAUGAUGGUUUCCUGCACCACGUUAUUGAUGAAUAAUUUAUGCACUGAAUCAAAUGCUGAUUUACAACUUGUUUUGGAUGGAAGGAUGGAUCAGAAGAGAUAUUUUAAAUAAAAUAAUUUAUCGUCAA